AGGACGCACACCAAACGUGUCCAAACAUUUAUUACUAAUCUAGGGAAAAAUGACAUCCUUUUAGAAACAGAUUGGUUGAAAGAUCACAACCCUUCCAUUGGGUGGAAACAUCAUGAAGUGCACUUUGAUCGGUGCCCCCAGAAUUGCCAGCAACCACAUGGGUUUACCAAGGCAUAG